CUAAAUUCUAAUGUAAAUUUAAUGUUAGACAAAACCUCCCAAAGGAGGCCGCGAAAUUUGUAAAUAAUACCUCAAUAAAAAAACAAAAUCAUACUCUUGUACAUAAUACAUAUAAUAUAUAUAUAUAUAUAUAUAUAUCUAUUAUAUAUACGUAUAUUAUAUUUAUUUCUCUAGGUUUCUGUUGUGUGAGUGUUGUAUUAUAAUAUUAUUUUGUAAAGUUCCGUUCCGUUUGUUAGCCGAUUGGUAUUAAUUGUGUGUGUCUAUAUGUUCGCCGGUUUUUUUUUUUUUUAAUAUUAUCAUUAUUAUUGUUGAAUUAAACCGAUAAAAACAACCGAUACGCGACUGAAAAAAUUUGAUCAAACUAUUGUACAUUUUCAAAAACGUGUAAAUAUCAUCGGCAAUCUCUGUUCGCCGAACAGAGUUUUCGACGAAUUUGACCGCAAGCGAUCACUGAACGAUCAGCUAUCGUAUUGUAUUGUUCUUCAACAUUUCAAAUGAAGUGGUUAGGCGCAGGGAAUGUACCUGUUUCCAGCACAAACAACACCGUGUUGAACAACAGUAAUAAUCAUUUACAAGAGCACCAGCAGCAAAUAAUCGAAAAUGAAUCUAGUGGCGACAAUGUCAUGCGGCAAGUUGUACACGAAGAACCAAUUGUCAAUUACGUUUUUGACUGUGCCACAGGUGAAUCUCAAGAAUAUGGAAUGCAGUCCGGUCCAAUACCUUCGAAACAUCAGCCACCUCGAUGGCCUUCGAACGCAGAAGAUUGUUUUUUAGAGCAAAUGCAGGAGAAAUGGAAAUAUUUCUCUGCCAAAAUGUCACAGCCUCCGCCCCAAUUAUCCGAAGUGCCUGGUAUACAAUAUCAGUUACAACCGAUUAUAGUUAAAUCUGGAGAAGGCGGCCCUGAACAAUACGUUUACGGAGCACCACCGGGUUUGCACCCUUACCAACAGCACCUGGCGGAAAUGGCAAGUUCAUCGAUGGCCCAUAACGCAGCCCAUGCAAUCAUGUCAACACAACAACAACAACAACACGUUAUGGACAUGCACAUGCGAAAUGGAGAAAUCGCAUCUUCAACGAAGAAGUUAUGGGGCGUCGAAGAAGGCAAAGAAGAUGGACCUAAAGGAAUUCUGAACUUGAACGACCACCACCAUCAGAUGUGGAGGGACUCCACGUGGAGUUCGAAUAGUGAGUCACGGAGAGGAGCUGGAUUUCCAGUGGGCACGGACGGUGGAAAUAUUUUAUCGCCAAGAUCGUCAGAGGCUGGUAUCGGCAUGAAGAUGGUAGAGUAUGUUUUAGCUAGUACGCCAAACAAAAUGGAGACGUUAGAGCCAAGAAUGAGGAGUUUGGUUAUUAGUGACGGCGAGCCUAUUAAGAAAGAAAAAGACAAACCAAGUUCGCCAUACGAUUCUGUAAAUAGCAACAAAAAGGAAAUAGAAAAUGGAAAUUGUUCGGCCGUUGUACAACAAAACGGAAUGGUGGUGGUACAGAAUGGCCUGGACGAAGAUAAAUAUAUAAACCGACAAGCAUCGCCUAGCGAAGAAGAAAUUAACAAAAAUGCAAUGAACGCAGUUGCGGGAAAUCAAGUGCCAAAUGCUGGCGCUAAUAAUGUCGUCGUAAUUGACAGUUUGCACAAUCUGCACCAUCAGGGACAAUUAAUGAACCAUCAUCAUCAUGGAAUGACUAUGCCAAUGCAUCAACAGUUCCAAGUACAGGGCGACCCUCAGCAGAUGGACAUGAACUCUUAUCAUGCUGGCAAUGCUCAACAACAACAGGGCGCCAUCGACUCUCAGGGAAAUGUCAUGACUCCGUUCGACAUACAGCAGUUGUUCCGCAAUCAUCAAGCCCAACAAGCAGCCGCAGCAGCAGCGGCGGCCGCCGCCAAUCCGGCCGCAGCGGCCGCGGUGGCUGCCCAACAACUGCAGCUCAUCCAGCAGCAACAACAACAACAAUUCCACCUGCAACAACAACAGCAAUUGGCAGCGGCGGCUGCCGGACUUGCGGCGGCAGCGUCGGCUCCGGCCGCCACGCCUGUCGCGGCCGCAGCGGCUGCGGCCACGUUCGCGCCGCCCGGCACGGCGGGUACCACGCCUUACCUGAUCAAUCCCCAAGAACCCUACGUCAUUGCCGGCUUUAUGGGCUCAGGUCCGACGGUGGUACCGCAGUACUACGGCGUACCGUGGGGAAUGUACCCGGCGGGCAGCAUCAUCCAACCGGCUGGCGCGGCCGGCGGCCAACCCGGCACCGCGGCCAACGGUACCAACACGGCCAACCAACAGCGUAGGCCCAUGAGCCCGUCGCAAGCGGACGGCACCCAGUACCAAGUGAUACCGGCGUUCUACGACCAAAACGGUUCGCUGGUGAUGACCCGCAACGGCGGCCAACUGCGGCUGGUCUCGCCCGCUUCCGUCAUCGUCAACGCCCAGCAAGGCAUGCACGAUGUUAACGCCAGUCUGGGUCUCGGUUCCGGUAACGCCGGCCGACGCGAUUCCUUUGACCGCAACACGUCCGCUUUUUCGCCGUCCAUGGACUACGCCCGUCCCAAGUGGCCUCAGUACGGAGCGCUGGCUUCGCAAAGUCCACUCGGCCUGGCUUCUGGUUCCCUAACACCUCCACCGACAAUGGGCUCAGCUUCCAAUCUACAAAUGGGACUUAUGAAUACAGCGGCCAACAACGCGAACCGAGGCCUGAUGAACGCAGCUCCCGGCGCCGAAGCUAUGUCCAAAUUCAGAGCUAGCGAUUAUGCUAUGGGAGGUUUGGCUGCUAAUGGGACCAUGUUUAACACAGCGGCCAACCCGAACGCAACCAGUUCCUUGUUUAACAAAAUGGGAGUCAGGGGCAGCACUUCAUCGCUGGGUGGAUCAUCCAUCACGCUAGACUCGAAACCGUCCGGUCGCAGCCGUCUUCUUGAAGACUUCAGGAACAAUCGUUACCCCAGUCUCCAACUACGAGACUUGACCAACCACAUCGUUGAGUUCUCCCAAGAUCAGCACGGCUCCAGGUUCAUACAGCAGAAGCUGGAGAGGGCGUCCACUCCGGAGAAGCAGCUGGUGUUUUCUGAAAUACUGGCGGCCGCCUACAGUCUGAUGACGGACGUUUUUGGUAACUACGUCAUUCAGAAGUUUUUCGAGUUUGGCACGCAGGAACAAAAGUCGACAUUGGCCCAAAAGGUGCGAGGACAUGUUUUGCCACUGGCGUUACAAAUGUACGGCUGCAGGGUGAUUCAAAAGGCUUUGGAGAGCGUCGGCGGUGAGCAGCAAGUAGAAAUUGUUAGGGAACUGGACGGUCAUGUACUCAAGUGCGUUAAGGACCAGAACGGCAACCAUGUGGUGCAAAAGUGUAUCGAGUGUGUCGACCCCCACUCAUUGCAGUUCAUCAUCAACGCUUUUCAAGGACAGGUUCUCACUUUAUCGACGCAUCCGUACGGCUGCAGGGUCAUUCAACGCAUACUGGAACACUGUACGCCCGAACAGACACAGCCGAUACUCGACGAAAUGCAUCAGCACGUCGAACAAUUGAUUCAGGACCAAUACGGGAACUACGUCAUUCAGCAUGUACUAGAACACGGUAAACAAGAGGACAAAUCUAAGUUAAUAUGCUCCGUCCGUGGUAAAGUGUUGACGUUGUCACAACACAAAUUUGCGUCUAACGUUGUGGAGAAAUGUGUUACGCACGCUACACGGAGUGAACGGUCGAUAUUGAUUGAAGAGGUUUGCUCAUUCAACGACAACGCUUUACACGUUAUGAUGAAAGAUCAGUACGCCAACUAUGUGGUACAAAAAAUGUUGGACGUCUGUGAAUCUUCGCAGCGCAAAGUGUUGAUGCACAAGAUCAGGCCUCAUUUCGCGUCUCUUCGCAAAUAUACUUACGGCAAGCACAUCAUUUCGAAACUGGAAAAGUACUUCAUGAAGAGCAACCAACAAACCGUGGCCGUGUCCGAUUUGGGACCGAUUGGACCGCCCACAAACGGAGUACUCUAAAACGAUUCUAUAAUUUUUUUCCGCUACACGUAAUAUUUUUUUUGCUAAUAAUUAUUGUAUCCCUUAAUUUAGUAUUUUGAAUCCAAAUUAAAGUUCUAAUUUUCCUUUU